AUGUAUAUUUGGGGGGGGAAAUCAGUCUGCACAGUUUACGGGGAUAGCUACGAUGGUUACGUCGACGUUGGCGUUGGCGGAUGCAACCUCAUCUCUGUAACGGCGUCAACUGCUGAAGACUGCUGGAAGACAUGUACCUCACAGACGGGGAUGCUGUGCAAGAACGUUGAGUACUACGGAGCAUCUGGGUCCUGUAUUUUGUGUGAUAAAGCCUGGUUUGAACUCAGCUCAGGAAGUCGGCUGUAUUCAGAUCCAGGAUGGACGACCUACUUCAGAAACUGCGGAGACUCAACCAAAUUACUCGGGCAUCUCUGCGGCAGUAACACAAAUUGCUCAGCAUCUAAUUUCAUCUGUAGAAGUGGAACCUGCGUGUGUGAUAUUGGCUACUCUUUCAAAUCUGACACCAACGAAUGUGUGCAAUUAUGCUCUACGUACGGUAACACCUACGUCGGUCAUAAAGACGUUGGCGUGGAAAACUGCAACACUGUUUCUACGACCACGACUACGGCUCAGGCAUGUUGGGAGAGAUGCACGACCGAAGCUGGACUUUGCAAGAGCGCGGAGUACCACCGUAGUGAUGGAACUUGCCAUAUGUGUGACCAAGCAUGGUUUGACCUGAGCCCUGGGAGCAGGCUGUAUGUUGACAAUGGCAGGACCAUCUAUUUUAGAAACUGUGCCUAAAACCUUUGGUGUUUAGUGAUGUAUGCCUUGCCUAUUUUCCACAAAUUUGGCAUUUUCUCCUGAAACCCUCAACAUAUACAUAUACAUGUAUAUUUUUUGCGUUUGUGUGUGCAUGGUCCCAUGAGAUUUGGUUGGCUCAUAAUAGCAUGGCGUGGAUAGCAUGACUGGGGUUGUCAUGGUUUGCAUGAGUAGGGUUGACGUGGAUAGCAUGGCUGGAGUUUUCAUGGCUAGUAUGGCUGGGGUUGACGUGGAUAGCAUGACUGGGGUUCUCAUGGCUAGUAUGGCUGAGGUUGACGUGGAUAGCAUGACUGGGGUUGUCAUGGUUUGCAUGAUUGGGGUUGACGUGGAUAGCAUGGCUAGGGUUCUCAUGGCUAGUAUGACUGGGGUUGACGUGGAUAGCAUGGCUGGGGUUGACGUGGCUAGUAUGGCUGGGCUUGUCAUGGUAUGCAUGAUUAGGCUUGUCCUGGUAUGCAUGAUUGGGCUUGUCAUGGUAUGUAUGAUUGGGCUUGUCAUGGUAUGCAUGAUUUGGGCUGACGUGGAUAGCAUUACUGGGGUUGUCAUGGUUAGCAUGAAUGGGGUUGACGUGGAUAGCAUGAUUGGGUUCUCAUGGCUAGCAUGGCUGGGGUUCUCAUUGCUAGUAUGGCUGGGGUUGUCGUGGUAUGCAUGAUUGGGCUUGUCAUGGUAUGCAUUAU